AUGCUCCUGCACAUGCAAGGAUCCGCACAAAUAGAUGCGCCCGCCGUGAGAGACUUAGUGCUCCUGGGGGGUGGCCACGCCCACGUCAGCGUACUUAAGAAAUUUGCCAUGCACCCGGAACCGGGUGUGCGGCUGACACUGAUUUCGAAAGGCCAGCAAACGCCGUAUUCAGGCAUGUUGCCAGGUUGCAUUGCAGGCACCUAUACGCCGGAAGAUAUCCAUAUUAAUUUGGGACCACUGUGUCGAUUCGCCAACGCGCGACUGAUCAGUGCGGAAGUCCUCGGUAUUGAUAUGCGCACAAAGCAGGUGCAGCUGGAGGGGAGGCCACCGCUCAAAUUUGAUCUUCUGUCUAUCAACACCGGCGCUGUGCCUAGUGCGCCUUACGUUGACGCUGUCACUGUAAAACCCAUCAGCGCGUUCCUGCCUAAGUGGCAGGCCAUCCAAGCCGAAAUUAAAGCCGGCGAUCACCUGGCGAUUAUCGGCGCCGGCGCCGGUGGGGUGGAAUUAGCUUUUGCGGCACGCAGCGCUUUGCCGAAUGCGGUGCAGAUCAGCCUUUACGGCCCGAGUCUACUGCCUGGCCACAACAUCAGGACCAUCACCACAGCUCAACAGGCGCUCGCCCAGCGAGGUAUUACCUGGGUUAACGAGCGGGUUGAAGGCCGCAGUGAUGUCGAGCUGUUGCUGUCUUCAGGUACCGCGCUGGAAGCCACCCACACCCUCUGGGUAACACACGUACAGGCGCCUCAAUGGAUUGCGUCAGCCGGGUUUGAAACAGACCUUAACGGGUUCAUCAGCGUUGAUGCCUCACUACAAAGCACUUCCCACCCUGGUGUUUUUGCCGCGGGUGAUAUUGCCUACCUGCGUGAUCAGCCACGCCCGAAAGCGGGUGUCUAUGCGGUGCGGGCGGGCGCGGUGCUGGCAGAUAAUUUGCGCCGGACACUCACCCAGAAGAAGUUGCGUUCGUAUCACGCCCAGACAAAUUACCUGGCGCUACUCGGAGAUGGGCAGGGCAAAGCCAUUGCCAACCGCGGCAGCUGGUCUGCUUACGGGCGCUUCUGGUGGCUCUUGAAAGAUCGCAUCGACCGUAAUUUUAUAAAUAAAUUCAAUAAAUUACCUGCUAUUUCUCCGCCUUCGCUAACUAUCUCAGAUGCGUUUCGUGCUGACUUGCCUGAGGAUAUGAUGCGUUGCGGUGGCUGUGGCGCAAAGUUGGCUGCAGAUCCAUUACGACGGGUUCUGGCACGUCUACCAGAGCAGAGAAGCCCCUACAUCAAACUCGGAAUUGGUGAUGACGCCGCGCUCAUCGAAAAUCCAGGCACUGACACGCUGGUGACCAUCGAUGGCUUCAGAGCCAUGCUGGAUGAUCCAUACCUGUUUGGGCGCAUUGCCGCACAUCACAGCCUCAAUGACAUCUUUGCUAUGGCUGCCACACCAACUUCUGCACUGACCUUCAUCACGCUGCCCCUCAUGGCGGAAGCGCUGAUGGAAGAGGAGCUGUUCCAGGUGCUGUCGGGCGUUGUGGCGGUGCUGAACAGCCACCAGGUACCCCUUGUAGGUGGGCACACUGCUGAGGGUGCGGAAUUGACCCUCGCUCUUACCGUCACCGGCGUGCCAGGAUCAAAAACAGUAACAAAAGCUGACGCUAGAGCGGGUGAUGUGCUUAUUCUGACCAAGCCGUUGGGUACCGGUGUUGUGCUUGCUGCUGCGAUGCAGGGCAAAGCGUCACCAGCAUGUCUGGACGAGACUCUCAGCAGCAUGGACAUGAGCAACGCAGCUGCAGUAGAGGUAUUUCUGGACUGCGGUGUACAUGCUCUUACAGACAUCACCGGUUUUGGCCUGAUUGGCCAUCUGAGCGAAAUACUGCGAGCCUCCGGAGUAGCGGUUGAAUUGGAUAUCGCGAACGUGCCUACACUGCCCGGCGCACAUGACCUGAUCCGCCAGCUGCACAGUUCACUGCAAGUUGCCAAUGAGUUGGCCUUUGCCGAUUUUCAGCUCGAUCAGAAUUUGGCGCAGUCUGCACCGGAACUGAAACUGCUGGCAGACCCUCAAACGUCGGGCGGUUUGUUAGCCUGCGUGCCAGAAGAUCAGGCGAGUACGGCCGCCGAUAUCUGCGGCGUCUCUGGCAUGAAGUCGCAGCAACCACAGGUCAGACUUUCGGCGAACUGGUACCUGAAGUCUACGUCCAUAAUUCGAGACUGGCUUGCCUUGCGGUGGAAGCGAUACGGUUAA